AACAAGGGUCUAAAUAUUAUUCAAAUAAGAGAUUAGGUAAGCCUAAUUUUGAAAACAAAAAUGGUUCAGUUAGUAGAGUCCAAUGAAUUAGUUGAAAAACCACAACUCCACUCAUUCCACAAACUAUAUAUACAGAGAUCUAAUUCAAAGAGUAAUCUCACAAAUUUGUUAUCACACAACACUUCAAAAAUGGCAGCAGAAAGGCAACCUUCUAAGAGCGACAAAAGGAGAGAGAGACAGCCGAUUUCUGUUCCAUUCAUAUGGGAAGAGAAACCCGGGAAGCCGAAGAAAGACUGGAAACCGACUGUACAACCAAUUAAGCACGCUGUACCACCUCCGAAGCUCGUCGUGUCAGUUCCUUUCGGAUGGGAAGAAAAACCCGGCACACCACUCCGUUCCUUUGUACAACCUCCAAAAGAGUCGAAACUUUCACCCUCGUAUGAAAACAGCAUCGUUGUCUAUUCACCACCUCCAAAAUACUCUGACCAUGAUUCCGUGAACUGGAGUCCGAGUUACAAUGAAGGAGAUGGAUUAUCAGACUCGGAGAUCGACUCGCACAGUAUUGAAACAGAAGAUUCGUUCAGUUCAGCAAAGUGUCUCAUGGCGAAUGCUCUGGUAUCAACCAACGCACUUUCAAACGCUGUACCUGUGUACGAAACUUCACUUGCACUGACAACUACUACUACGUAUGGUGGACAGGUGGAGGAGGGUCCCUAUUCAUCGGAUUCUGAAACGGAGAGUACUGCCUCGGGAAGUACGAGCUUGGUCGGGGCUUCUUUCCUGGAGUGGCUAUUUCCUCUGCUAGUGCCGAAAGAUUCUUCUCGUGAAGCAGAUGUGCAAGAGAGAGAAUUCCUGCAUGAAAGGAACUGCAGUCUUGUUAGACGACCUUUGCUGACACUUGGAGAGCUGAUAGUUAUGAGUCGAAGAAGAAGUUGCCAGAGGAAAGUUAUAUCGAUGCCCAAACAGCGGUCCAUGGUAACGAUAUAUGUUCCUUUUAUUAUCUAUUGAACAUAAACCUAUUUAUAGCAAUUUAAUAGAUACAGCAACUAAAAAA